GCUCCUGUGUUCCGUCCUGGUCUCAAGUCCUCGGCUCCUGUGUUCCGUCCUGGUCUCAAGUUAUUCAACUCCAGUACUCCUUCCUGCUAAGAAUGGACUGGACUUGCUGUGGAGCUCCUGGGUGGAGAAGCAUCCAGACACAAGUUUACUCUCUGAAGAUGAACUUGGAGCUGUCACCGCUCCUUGGAAUAAUCCAGAUACGAAGGCUCUCUGGGAUGAACUGGCUACAGAGACUUACUACUCGUAUUGGGAACGGUUUUCAUAUUGGACAGCACUGGGCUGGACCACUGAGCCUCAAAUAUGUAACGAGAACACUGAUGACAAAGUGGAGACAGACACUCAAACACAGUCAAAAGAACAAAGUAAAGGGAAAACUAAAGUUGGGGGCCAAGAAAGAGAAAGCAAAGUUAAUGUUAUGAGUAAUCUGUUCAGAGAAACCUGCACAAUAGAGGAAAGGGAGAGUUGUGAAACUGAUUUAGAGACAACCAGAUACUUUCAGAACAGUACUGAUGUUGGAAAGCUGGCUGAUGAGGAGCAUUAUUGCUGUGUGGAUCCUUCCGAUGGUGCCAAUAACCCUAAGGAACCUGCUGGCACAUCUCAACAGAACCCUGCUAAACAAACAGUUUUUCACCCAGAUUCAAAGAAAGUCACCGUCCUACCUAGCAGAGUUUGUGGUCCAAGCAACAAAAUGUCGGAGAGAAGAGAAGAAGAAGAAGAUGAUGAUAAACUUCCAACAAGAUUUUUGAAAAUCAAAUGCAGUCAUGAGCUGGAUAUAGAGGAGUGUCCGCAGCUUACACCUAAGGAUGUUUGGUCUAAAGUAGAACUGAAACAGAAAUCGCAGCCACAGUUUGACUCUGUAAUAAGAUAUAAAGACUUUAAUGGUCCAAAGCCUCAGAGAAUUAACAAGGUUGUCAGCAGUAUCAACAAACACAUCAGAUUCACAGAGAUGGAUGGAGGCAGCACAAGUGCCGGUAGCCCCUUGCUGUACAAGGCUCAAACCGUUCUUCAAAACAAGAAAAGGGAAACGGAGAUGAAACAUAAAAAAGAGGACAAGAAAAUUAAGAGAAAAAACGAUGAGCUUGUGGAAGAAGAGGGAUACGAUUCUGAAUCCACUUCAGAAACUAAGAUGAUGGAGUACAAUGUGUGCGACACCUCCUGUGACUUCACUGAAAGGUCUGUGGAAGAGCCAAGGGUGGAGGAGAAUCCUACGAGAUCGAUAACUUUUAAAGUGAAACUGGACCUUGUUCCAUCAAACAUCCUUGAAGGGCAGAGGGUGAAUCGUGUGAAAAAGAACCGUAAAAGAAGAAAAAAGCAGCAGGUCCCCGCAGAGAUGGCAGCUGAUCCGGAACUUGCUAAAUACUGGGCUCAACGGUACAGACUCUUUUCCCGCUUUGAUGAAGGGAUCACGCUAGAUCGAGAGGGCUGGUUUUCUGUGACACCAGAAAAAAUUGCUGAGCACAUUGCCGUCAGGGUUAAACAGAGCUUUUCUGACUCUCAUCUGGUGAUAGAUGCCUUCUGCGGUGUGGGAGGAAAUGCAAUCCAGUUUGCACUAACUGGAAAGAGAGUUGAUGACCAUCCUCCUACAGACUGCCAGCAGCAGGUGAAGGCAGGGAGCAUCUUCUCUCGCCCAAGAUAAAUCAACACCGGUGACCCCAGGGGUGUGUUCUGUCCCCUCUACUUUUCUCUCUGUAAAUGAAUGAAUGCACAUCUGCGGAAAACAGCUGAAGUUUGCAGACAAAACGACUAGUCUGACCCAGGAUUGUCAUGAGUUGACAUCCAGACAGGUGGUGGAUUGGCUGUUCCUCUGGUUUCAGGCGGUGCUGAAAGCUAAAUUUACAAUAGGGACGCUGCAAUCCUUCUGGUGGGUGUUUCACUGAAGGCAGGGUUUACACCAAAGAUGCAAAACAACACCAGUUUAAACUUUUAUGGAAUGUUGCUGGGAAUACAUAAUGACUGUUGACGUUCACUGAAGCAGACACUAAACCUGCCGAGGCUCGGAUGUGACCGCAGAGUUGAUUGUCAUGAGUAAAUGUUCUGAUAUGAGUAAACAAAAACUCUAUAAGUUUUUGUAGAUCGGUGUAUUUGAUUAGUAACAAUUGGUCUUCGAUCAUGCCUAGCUGCCGCUUCAUUGUGAGGCAUUGGAGAGGGUCAGGCUUGAUCCGGCAUUGUUUACCAUUGAUUUAUAAAUUAAGCAAAUCGGCAUUAUGAUAGUUCUGCGAUACUGUCGGUAGAUAUCACUACGUCUGGUUAUAUUUGUUAAUCGUGCCCAAGAGCGAAUUAUUUUUCUGUUCAAAAAGGACUAUCAAGAUAGAGGCUUGUUGUAUAUAACCUUAUAUUAUCAUGAUCAAACGUGUUUUUUUGGUCUUUUUUUAUAAACAUCCCUAUAUACCCUUUAAUAGAGAGAUAUUCCUUUGUCAGACUUCCCCUGAAAGCAUCCAGCUUCCGGACGCACAUUAAGUAACUCUUGAAUACAAGUAGCUUUGUUUAUAUGUCUGCAAUACAACAUUACCAAAUCAUAUGAACCCAAACCUACAAUAAAACAUAAAAUAUUCUAAGACCAGACACCCACGGCCUGACAAUGGAUCACAGCGAGGAGUGGGGUGGAUAGGGCAGGCCUCCGUGAAGGAACGUUACUAUGGGAGUGCACCCAGCUUGCUUGAGUGUCUCGUUUUGAGUGUCUGUCUCAGUUUGUUUCUUGGAGACAUACUUAAGGAGACACUUAAGACCAAUAAAAUACCUUUGCAAUAUUUCUAUGGCCAAGGUUACAGUACAGGUUUGUCUCGUUUACCUAUUUCUUCCCUUAAAACUUGCCAUGUUCUUUCCAUGAAAGUGUCAGUUUCAUUUGUUUGUUGUCUGUCAUAACUGCCAUUUCUAAACAGGACUAUGGCAACAAAAGUAAGGUUAUGACGAUUUAUUUGCACCAAACUUGAUUAGAUUUACAAUCAUUCUCUCAUGUAACUGUACUGUAAUUGAUAUAAUUCAGUAAAAUUUAAAAAGUUUUUUUUUUUUUUAUCAGGGAGUUCAAUUAAAUUCUGAAAGAUCAUAUUAAAAGAAAUUAUUGCUCCUGUAGUCUUACCCAACAUGUUUAAAACAUUUGUUUUCAGUUUCCAGCCAGACUGGCCGGUGGUCUGUUUUUUCUUUUCUAUCUUGUAAAAUUCAGUUGUGUUGCUGCACAGGCACAUAGACCCUUCGUGGCCGCAGCUAGGACAGUACAACAAUGGACUAGGUCAAUCUGAUAUUUUCAUAUAUUAAGAAGAGAUCCAAACAGCCCCCUCCUGACUUGAAAAGAAGGAAAGAAAGAAACAGGAGUGGAUUAAAUUACCAAAGAUCCUAAAAAGAUGGGUGAAGUAGAGAAGGUUUGUGUAGGAGGCAGCUGUAUGCAAAACUAACUGGCCUUCUUUGGAUUGGUCAAGGGCAGCAUUAGUAGAGUCAGCCAGGUCAAUGCCCACAUUGGUUUGGUUCGAGUUUUUUUAACGUAGUUCAGAAGAAAACAAAUUUAUAAAUAAUACAUUAAAAAAACAAGCAAAAGAAGAACAAUAGUAAAGUAUAAGAAUACACAAUCAAAGGAGUGGGUAAAAGUAUACAUUUAUUUUUGAACCCACCCUUUUUCCAGCAGCAACAUUAUCCAAUAAAUUCCUGGCACUGGUAUAACAUUAUUUCCUAUCAACUAGUUUCUAUAUCUAUAAAUAGUACAGUUCUUCCCUAUUUGCAUUCCAUUUUAAACAAGCAUCAGUACUAUACAAUUAUUUGUUUGUCAAUGUACAGUAACAAAAAAAAAACUUCAGAGUAUAACAAUGACAAUAUUACCAGACCAUGCACAUUUUCCAGUUAGUGUGAAAUAUUAUUUUUUUCAAACAAUGACUAAUUUUUCUAAAUAUUUAUUCCUCAGACUGGUUUUAGGUCACUGUUGGGCUUCGGAGAGGGUUAGGAAGACGCAGUUGGGCUUAUUUCGAUCGCGUGAUUGUGCCCUUUCCAACGGCACUGAGCAUGUCUGUAAGAAACAUUCAUAUCCGGUAUAGGAAAAAAAGACACACCCUUCCCCGAAGGCUUUAUUUGCUCUUGGCCCGCUUUUUUCAGCUGCUGUCUUUGACAGCAAAAAACAGGUCUUAGUAAGGAUGUUGUGCUACAGAGCGGACUCUUGGAUAUGUUGUUCAGGGUGUCGUACCGAGAAGAACGAGCCUUCAAUGGUGUUUGUGCGACCUUUGACCUCCCAACAGCAAGGGGCGGAGAGAAUUUGACACCUCGUUACUCCAAAAGUAAAGGGUUGAUCUGGGUGAAACUUGACAGGUAACACUCCUUCUCAAGAAUCUGGAAGUGUGCCAAAGGCUGGGUCUCUAAGUCAUUCCUAGGGCUACUUCCAGUUACCACCAUGCUAACCGUUAGCCACUAACAACAUUUUGCUCAGAGUGACACAGAGAUGC